AUGGCAGCACCCACCUCCACCUGUCUAUGCCGCGUGUCACCGACAGAGUGCCCAGCCCUUUGUUCCCACCACCGGGAGAUGUUCGAGCGUGAGGUUUACGCCUAUAAGCUCCUCGAAUUGGAUCAGAGACUGUUGCUCUGGGACCGCUUUCUCUCUGCUCGGCUAGCCAGCCGUGCCCUCGGGUGCGACGACUGCAGAGCCGAAGCCGAAGCCGCUUCUGGGCUUAUCCUACGAAAGCACUGCGCCCGCUGCUACCUGCUUAUGCUGAACAUGCUGGCGCGGGAGGAUACUCCCCCAUGGCACGAGCAUUAUUGUCCCUCCUCGGUCGCUCAUGCCACAGCUUUCCCUCCCGCUCCACCCGCUCCACCCGCUCCACCCGCUCCACCACCUCAAUACAUCGCAUCUCAACCCUAUCCUACCUCGCCUCUAUCGUGGAGAACCAAGCUGUGGCUGGCCUCGGACGCUGCAAAUCCAAUAAGUCUACCCGCACCAUCACCUGGUCCAACAACGGACGCCUCCAGCAGCGCCUCCAGCACCCGCGCUACCGCCUCUUCCCCUUUCCUCACCACCCUCCGCACGUCUAGCGACCAGCCUACUCUAAGCAGGCCCUGCUCUCCCCUCGACCUCCCACCCCCUGUCAUUCCGCCUCCAAGAGCACCUACACCGCCGACACUCCCGUGUACACCGCCCCCUUAUGACCAAAGGCAGUCUUCGCGCAUGCCGCCGCCGGCGCCCAGACUCAGGCCGCUGCGGUCGGUCGGCCGUACGCAGAAUCAGCAAGGCGCGCAGCCAACGCGCCAGUCGAUGCGCCGGAGGCGGGACGACGACGACGACGACGACGAAUACGUGUACAGGGGGCAGGAAGAGGAGGCGAGGACGUGGAGGCUGCCGCUUAGACUUAAGCGGCGCUGA